AUGUUACUUACCGAAGACGACUUGAACCUAAAUGCAGUAUCGAACGGUAUUCACACAUGCGAGGAGUGUUUUCGAAGAUUCGACAAAAAGCCUUCGCUGGCGGCACACGCCAUUCUUCAUCUCAGACGAAGGCUCGAGUGUCCUAUUUGUCACGCAGUAUCUAGAGAUUCGCUCGAGUACAAGAACCAUCUGACUGACCACGCGUCUAUCGGUACAUUCUCCGGUCGAGCGAAACGCAAAGCGACCCACAAGACUGUUCUUUCGUGCCACAAUUGCCACAAAGAGUUCCGGAGAGAGGGUAGUUUCAGGCAACACGUCGAGAAAAUGCCCUGCCUGAGAGCGAAGCUGAGGUGCGAGUUUUGCACCAAGGAAUUCCUCAAGGAGCAGUCGUUGAACAGCCAUCGGCGCACACACAGCGCGGCGAAGAAGUACCAAUGCGACAUGUGUCAGAUGUUCUUUAAAUACAAGUCCGCUCUGGUGCGCCACAUACUUCGGCAUAGCAACGUCCGCCCCUACAAGUGCGAGCACUGCGACCAGAGCUUCGACAGCGCGAGUGCCCGGAAGACUCACUACAAGAAACACAGCGGGGAGAAGCCCUACUCUUGCUCCCAGUGCGACAAAACCUUCGCCUACAAGCACAACAUGAAGACUCACCUCAAGCGUCACGCCAAGAAGAAGAACGUCCAAUGUCCCGUGUGCCACAAAGUCUUCCCGACCGAGUCCCGCCUGAUCUACCACAUGGUCUCCCACACCAAUAGCAGGCCUUUCGGCUGCGAAAAGUGCGCGAAGAAGUUCUCGACGAAGCAGAAUCUUAUUAAACAUUACAAAAUUAAACAUCCCAACGCGGAGUAUACCAUCACUACGUCGGAGGCGACCGUCGCCAAGACGAUCUGGGAGAAGAUUCAAAAGAAAUUGAGAGAUGGAGCAACUUUUGAGUGA